AUAGCUAGAGACCCAUAUAACCCCACCUCUGUUGAUUCUUGAUAUCAGUUUGAUGAUGUUCUUGAAGCAAUUUAAUAAGGAAGAGCUUCUCUUUCUAUUACAAAAUAAGUAUAAUGAUAUUAUCAUUAUCACAUUUUUCUCUGUUGCAAUAAUUGCUUUCCUGGAAGCUUGGAGAAGAAUCACUGCAAGCACAAGUAAGAGCAAUGAAGAAGAAAUCCCAGGUGGCGUUGGCGUGCCUUUCUUUGGUGAAACCUUUUCUUUUCUUUCAGCUACUAACAGUACAAGAGGUUGCUAUGAUUUUGUUAAGCUUCGACGAAAAUGGUAUGGGAAGUGGUUCAAGACCAAAAUGUUUGGAAAAAUCCAUGUUUUUGCUCCAACAACAGAAGCUGCAAGACAGGUGUUUAGUAAUGACUUUGGGGAGUUCAACAAAGGAUAUAUUAAAUCAAUGGCAACAGUUGUUGGAGCAAAGAGUGUUUUUGCUGCUCCACUUGAGAGCCAUACAAGGAUUAGGCAUGUUCUUUCUGCUCUCUUUUCUAUGCCUUCUCUUUCUAAAUUUGUUGGGAACUUUGAUCAAAUACUAUCUCAAAGGUUGAACAAAUUAGAACAGAGUGGUAAAAGCUUUCCGGUGCUUGAGUUCACCAUGAAGGUAACAUUAUAUUGUGGAGCGGAAUAUCCUCUUAUGAACUGCUCUGGCAUGUAUGCCAGCGAUAAGGAGCAAGGUUUACACCACAGAGGCGACACAGUCUCUGUAGAUGGUUUUGAGAUAAAGAAAGGAUGGAAUGUAAAUGUUGAUGCAACUUUUAUACAUUUCGACCCAGCUUUGUAUAAGGAUCCUUUGCUAUUCAACCCUUCAAGAUUUGACGAAAUGCAAAAACCAUACAGUUUCAUACCUUUUGGAGCUGGACCUCGGACAUGCUUAGGAAUAGAAAUGGGAAAAUUGUCUAUGUUGGUGUUUCUACACAGGCUGACUAGAGAAUAUGAGUGGAGAAUUGAAGAUGGAGACCCUAGCAUGGAAAAGACUACACAUGUUCCUAGAUUAAAGACUGGCUUGCCCAUAACCUUGAAGGCCCUAAAUAAUGCGAGGCAAGAAUGAGAAAUGUUCUCAGUAUUGAUUGUUCCUGGUUUUUGUUCCUGACUUCUAUUUGGUUAUUAGACUUGUACAAGAAUAUGUAAUACUAUAUACUUGCGUAGUUAAUAAAUAAAUGUGUACUUGAAAUUCAGAUAUCUAAA